CGGGAGUAGAAAACGCGAAGUUGCAAAACAGAAAACAAACCCCAGAGUUGAGUUCGGUUUCUCAUAUAUGAAAACUUAAAAACUCACCAUGUGCAUCUCUUGAACUCAACGACCCAACCCGUGCUUUCUCUAUUUCUUGGCAUUCACUGUUAGAACAUUUUAGAUAAUGAUGAUUACACAACUUAAUGGUGGUAGACUUUCUAGUGGACUGAGAACUAGAAAUAGACAUCAGAAUUCAGUGGCCAAAGCAAUUACAUCAAGGUUUCUAUUGCAACAAGGUGGAGUUCGUGAUUCUUGUGUAGCAUUUGAUAGGAAUUGCCGCCUGUCCUUGGAGCAUAGAAGUAGUGUGCCAUUCUUGGUUACUCGUGGUAGAAAUUCUAAUUUUCUGGUGGCUUAUGAUCCGCUGAAUUCUGAUUUGAGUGUGGAUUCUGCUGAUGGUGAGGAGACGUUUUUUUUAGAAGAUGACAGUGGUUUCAACUGUUUGUCCGGAAAAUACCCCAAGUUAGAAAGGAUACCUAUCGGUGAUUAUCUAGAUUCCAAAAGCGAGGUUGACACAGCACAUUCUCUAGAUAUCAAGCGUGAGCUUACUAUGCUUACUUUGCCUGCAAUUGCGGGACAGGCCCUUGAUCCCUUAGCACAGCUGAUGGAGACUGCUUAUAUUGGUAGAAUAGGUUCUGUCGAGUUGGCUUCUGCAGGUGUUUCUAUAUCGAUCUUUAAUAUUAUCUCGAAGUUGUUUAAUUUUCCUCUCCUCAGUGUUGCUACUUCUUAUGUUGCUGAGGAAGUUUCAAGUAAUGCAAUUGAAGAUUUAACAUCAGUAGGAGGCGGUGGUAAUAGAACACGUUUAACUGAGACGAGCAAAAGAAAGCAGUUAGCCUCAGUGUCAACAGCUUUACUGUUGGCAGUUGGGAUUGGCAUCUUUGAGGCCUUAGCACUAUUUUUGGGUUCUGGACCAUUUCUAAACUUGAUGGGUGUACCAUUGGCAUCUGAGAUGUUUGCUCCAGCUCAAAGAUUUCUCAAGCUCAGAGCCCUUGGAGCUCCAGCAGUAGUAGUUUCCUUGUCUCUUAAUGGCAUAUUUCGUGGAUUUAAAGAUACAAAGACUCCUUUUAUAUGUCUAGGUCUUGGUAACUUGUUAGCUGUAUUCUUAUUUCCCAUAUUUAUCAAUUACUGUCAGAUGGGUAUAACUGGAGCAGCAAUAUCGACUGUGAUGUCUCAGUACAUUGUUGCUGCUGCAAUGAUCUGGUAUUUGAACAAGAAAGUUGUGUUACUGCCUCCGAAGAUGGGAGCUCUGAAAUUUGGUGGCUAUAUAAAAUCUGGUGGCUUUCUUUUGGGAAGAACUCUUGCUGUUCUAGUGACAAUGACACUGGGGACAUCAAUGGCUGCUCGCCAAGGGCCAGAUGCUAUGGCUGCACAUCAGAUAUGCAUGCAAGUCUGGUUGGCUGUAUCUCUUCUAACUGAUGCACUAGCUACAUCUGGUCAGGUCUUGAUUGCAAGUUACAUAUCUAAAGGUGACUUCAAGACUGUCAGAGAAGUUACCAAUUUCGUGUUAAAGAUAGGAGUAGUGACAGGUGUUUCCUUGGCUGCAAUUUUGGGGGUAUCUUUUGGAUCGUUGGCCACUUUGUUCACCAAAGAUCCUAAAGUUUUAGGAAUUGUUAGAACUGGAAUACUGUUUAUCAGUGCCACUCAACCUAUUACUGCAUUAGCUUUUAUUUUUGAUGGCCUCCAUUAUGGUGUUUCUGACUUUCCAUAUGCUGCUUGCUCUAUGAUGUUAGUUGGGGCAAUUUCAUCUGCGUUUUUGCUAUAUGCUCCUCGAGAUUUUGGUCUUCCUGGGGUUUGGUCAGGCUUGGCACUCUUUAUGGCCUUGCGCAUGGUGGCAGGAUUUGUCAGGUUACUAUCAAAAACUGGUCCAUGGUGGUUCCUCCACACUGACUUAGAGAAAGCCAAGUAAUUGAUGCUAGUCUCUAUUGACUCCAAGUGCUACCAAUGAUAUGAGUUUUUAUCUAAUGGAACAAGACAUUAUUUACAGUAAGUGCUACUAAUGAUACGAGUUUUUUAUCUAAUCAAACAAGACAUUUUUUACAGUAAGAAACUGUGAUUAAAAUUAAUCAGUAAUCUGUCUUUGUUUUUGUUUGCUCUUAUAAUUGUUCCUGAUCUUUGUUUUGUGUUUGCAGUUACCUAGUAAAUCAAAUGCAAUAUCCUAGAACAUGUUUUUCUUUCCUUUUGUUUGUUUCUUUAUCAUUUCGUUUAUUUUGUGGUGGGGCUUCACUGUUAAGAGCAGUCAAUGGAGGGAAUAUUCUUAGGAAAGCACUUGAAACUAAAAAUUCUAGUAAGUGAAAGAAAUUGAGCAUGGAAUUACUGAGGCAAUGCUCGAAUGGAAGUGAAGCUUAAGGGUGUUAUGUGAGUCUUGAACUCUAUGGCCUGUUGUUACUAUAAAAUAGAGAAAACCAUUCCCUUAUGAUAGCAAAGUGAGAAGCAAUGAUUUAUCUGUGAACAUUACUAUAAUAGAGUCAUUUUUCCACCAAAGGAUAAGAAAUUGACUACAAAAUAUUACUCCUCUAAUCACACUUGAGAUAUUAGAUCCAAAAAUAGUUGUCUGCCAACCUUAACUGAAUUCUUCUCCAUAAAAAGAGGCUCUGAUCACUAAUUAGCAUAAGUUGUAAGAAUCUGUCAUCUGGUAAAAGAAACAUUGUUGUAUUCAAGCAGUGUUGAGUAAGAAUAGAUUGGUGAUUACAACCCCUUUAUUUUACUGCAAAUUUAUUGCUUUAUUGGUUUUUGUUUUCCUUUAUUCUUCUCUUUGAGACGGGUACUGCUGAUUCAAUCAGGUUUAUAUCAUAUCAUCAUUUCCUCAUUGGUUUUACCUUCUCGUUCGUUGUAGCGUUUAUUUUCUUUUCAGAUUUAAUUGUUUGGUUCUAGAACUACUUAAUCUGCUUCUUUUUCAGCUGGCCUGAAAUCAGAGCAAUCUUGAGGACACCGGUCACUGAGUUUGACUAAUCUCGAAGAAAUCUCAGUGGUUUUUAUUUUUGGUUGAUAAAUUAAUUACUUUGCAACAUUGAAUUCGUUGUAGCUUGUAGAAAUGUUAGGAAACCUUAAACCACAUGUUUAUCUUAUUGAUUUAUGUGAAUGAACUAAUUGCCUUUUGAAUA